CAGGAGGAGGUGCGGAAAGACGAGAGUCAUGCAGGACGGGAUGCGGACAUCAGCUUGUCCUUGGCAGCCGCCGCCUCCCCUCAAGCUGCGCUGAUUCUCCCCCUACUCGGCGGCUGCUGCUGCUUUUGCAGCCAUUUUGCACCAGCGGCGCCGGAGGCAGAGAAGGCUGCUGGCGAAGCGGAGAGAUGGGCUAGCGGCUGUUGCGGUGGGGGAGCCAGCAGCAUCAUGGUGAAGAGGAAGAGCUCGGAAGGCCAGGAACAGGAGAGCGGCCGAGGCGUCCCGCUGCCAAUCCAGACCUUCUUAUGGAGGCAAACCAGUGCAUUUUUGAGGCCCAAACUGGGAAAACAAUAUGAAGCUUCAUGUGUGUCCUUUGAAAGAGUGUUGGUUGAAAAUAAGCUGCAUGGUCUUUCACCAGCCCUUUCAGAAGCCAUCCAGAGCAUUUCUCGUUGGGAACUGGUCCAAGCUGCCUUACCACAUGUACUUCACUGCACGGCCACGCUGCUUUCAAACCGGAACAAAUUGGGACAUCAGGAUAAACUUGGAGUUGCAGAGACGAAGCUCCUUCACACUCUCCACUGGAUGUUGCUAGAAGCUCCUCAGGACUGCAGCAAUGACCACUUUGGUGGAGGAGGAGGAGGAGGGGGAAGAGACAGGCGAUCGAGUUGGAGAGGGAGCAGCAGCGCUUUCAUUCACCAGAUUGAAAACCAAGGAUCUCCAAGGCAUCCAAGACGUGACAGCACUAAUGAAGAGGAGGAGAAUAACAGAAGAAAGUUCUUUCAGAAUUCCAUGGCCACAGUGGAACUCUUUGUGUUCUUGUUUGCUCCUCUGGUUCAUAGGAUUAAAGAAUCUGAUCUGACUUUUCGUCUGGCCAGUGGCCUUGUUAUUUGGCAGCCAAUGUGGGAGCACAGGCAACCCGAAGUUUCUGCCUUUACUGCACUGGUUAAGCCCGUCAGGAAUAUAAUCACAGCAAAGAGAACCUCUCCAAUCAAAAACCAGACACUGACAUGCGAAUCUCCUAAUGUGGAUGCGGGGCAUACAGAGGGACUGCAGGUGGUGUGUGAAACUGCCCAGCCAGACGCCAUGCCACCCAGACCUGCUUUUUCAGGGUGCCACCGUGGGAAUUCUGUUGAUGGAAGUGUGUCAUCCCAAGCGUCCCAGGAGAAAGGACCUCCCUAUCCUAGGGUGUCUUUGGUAAUCCCACCAUGCCAAAAGUCUCGGUAUGCCACCUAUUUUGAUGUGGCAGUAUUACGUUGCCUGCUUCAGCCGCAUUGGUCCGAGGAAGGCACUCAGUGGUCCCUGAUGUACUAUCUCCAGAGGCUGCGCCAUAUGCUAGAGGAAAAGCCUGAGAAAUCACCUGAGCCAGAAGUCCCACAGUUGCCAAGGCCACGCAGCAGUUCCAUGGUGGCGGCUGCUCCCUCAUUGGUGAACACUCAUAAGACACAGGAUCUCACCAUGAAAUGCAAUGAAGAGGAAAAAUCUUUAAGUACUGAAGCUUUUGCCAAAGUAUCGCUAACUAAUCUGCGCAGACCAGCAGUUCCAGACCUCUCCUCUGAUUUGGGAAUGAAUAUUUUUAAGAAGUUCAAGAGCCGUAAAGAAGACCGUGAGCGCAAGGGCUCUAUUCCGUUCCAUCACACAGGGAAAAAAAGGCAACGGAGGAUGGGGGUGCCCUUCUUGCUCCAUGAGGACCAUUUGGAUGUGUCACCCACUCGGAGCACAUUCUCCUUUGGCAGUUUCUCUGGGAUCGGAGAAGACAGACGUGGCAUUGAGAGAGGAGGGUGGCAAACCACCAUCUUAGGGAGGUUUACCAGACGAGGUAGCUCUGAUACAGCUACAGAGAUGGAGAGCCUGAGCGCUAGACAUUCCCAUUCCCAUCAUACCCUGGUUACAGACCUGCCAGACCACUCCAACAGCCAUGUACGUUCCCAAAUUUCUACCAUCACAGUGGCAACCUUUAACACCACCCUGGCCUCUUUCAACGUGGGGUAUGCAGAUUUCUUCAGUGAGCACAUGCGCAAGCUCUGUAACCAGGUGCCCAUACCAGAGAUGCCCCAUGAGCCCCUGGCAUGUGCCAAUCUCCCUCGGAGUUUGACGGAUUCCUGCAUCAACUAUAGCUGCCUGGAGGAUACAGAUCACAUAGAUGGGACCAGCAACUUUGUCCACAAGAAUGGCAUGCUGGAUCUUUCGGUGGUUCUCAAGGCUGUAUUCUUGGUUCUAAACCAUGACAUCAGCUCCAGAAUCUGUGAUGUGGCUCUCAAUAUUGUAGAAUGCCUGCUUCAGCUUGGUGUGGUGCCUUGCGUGGAGAAGAUCAGGAGGAAAAGUGACAACAAGGAGAAUGAGCCCAGUGAGAAGAGACAAAGUGAGACCUCCUUUCACCUCAAGGGAGUUUUGAGUAGUUCAGCAUCUGGAUUUGGAGCUGCCCCAGUCAGUGCAACUGGAGAUGGUGGUGGAGAAGGAGGAGGAGGUGGUGGUGGAGAUGGAGGAGGAGGUGAUGGAGGAGGAGAAGGUGGAGGAAGGCCUUAUGAAAAGAACGAUAAAAAAGAAGACACGGAUGAAAGCACUCCAGCAAGUACCCACAGGCUGGCCCUGACAAUGCUGAUAAAAAUUGUGAAGUCUUUGGGCUGUGCAUAUGGCUGUGGAGAAGGUCACCGAGGGCUCUCUGGAGAUCGCCUGAGACAUCAGUUGAUGUGUCGUCUUAACUUUUCUCCACAGGCUCAGAACUGCCUCACAAAGUUGUACAAGCUAGAUAAGAUGCAGUUCCGGCAAACCAUGAGGGAUUAUGUGAACAAGGAUUCACUCAACAAUGUGGUGGAUUUUUUGCACGCUUUGCUAGGAUUCUGCAUGGAGCCAGUCACUGACAACAAGGCUGGUUUUGGAAAUAAUUUCACUACCGUGGACAACAAGUCUACAGCCCAAAGUGUGGAAGGUAUUAUUGUCAGUGCCAUGUUCAAAUCACUGAUCACCCGUUGUGCCUCUACUACACAUGAGCUCCAUAGUCCUGAGAAUCUGGGAUUGUACUGUGACAUCCGGCAACUGGUUCAGUUUAUCAAGGAAGCUCAUGGAAAUGUUUUUAGAAGAGUAGCUCUUAGUGCCCUUUUGGAUAGCGCUGAAAAGUUGAUACCUGGAAGAAAAACAGAGGAAACUAUUGAACAGGAACCCAAACCAUCAGGCAGUAAAAGAUCUGAAGUGGGAAGUGUUAUUGACAAAGGACAGCCAUCUUCAGCUCCUGAUGAAUGUCGUAGUUAUAUUUCAAGCCGCCCAAUGCAGACUCCAGAGCAUGAUGAACAAAUGCAAGGAGCAGCCCUAGGCCGCAAAGAUUUCUGGCGAAAGAUGUUUAAAUCGCAGAGUGCAGCGAGUGAUACUAGCAGCCAGUCUGAGCAGGAUACCUCAGAAUGCACAACUGCACACUCAGGGACAACCACUGAGAGGCGCUCACGCUCGCGCUCACGAAGGAUCUCACUCCGAAAAAAACUCAAACUCCCCUUAGGGAAUUGGCUGAAGCGCUCAUCCCUUUCUGGUCUGGCAGAUGGUGUAGAAGAUCUUCUGGACAUCAGCUCUGUAGACCGUCUAUCUUUCAUCAGGCAGAGUUCAAAGGUGAAAUUCACUAGUGCAGUGAAGCUGUCUGAAGGAGGGCCAGGAAGUGGUUUGGAGAAUGGGCGAGAUGAAGAGGAGAAUUUCUUCAAGCGUCUUGGUUGUCAGACCUAUGAUGACCACCUGGCUUCCAACCAAGAGGGAGGCAAAUCCAAGAAUGUGGUGAACUUGGGAGCAAUAAGACAAGGCAUGAAGCGCUUUCAGUUUCUCUUAAACUGCUGUGAACCAGGAACAAUCCCCGAUGCCUCUAUCCUGGCAGCUGCCCUUGAUCUUGAGGCACCAGUAGCGGCUAGAGCAGCCCUUUUCCUGGAAUGUGCUCGCUUUGUUCACCGCUGCAACCGUGGCAACUGGCCAGAAUGGAUGAAGGGACACCAUGUGAACAUCACUAAAAAGGGCCUUUCCCGUGGGCGCUCCCCAAUAGUGGGGAACAAGCGUAACCAGAAGUUACAAUGGAAUGCAGCUAAGCUCUUCUACCAGUGGGGAGAUGCAAUUGGCGUCCGUCUCAAUGAACUCUGCCAUAGUGAGAGUGAGAGCCCUGCCAACCUUUUGGGCCUCAUUUAUGAUGAGGAGACCAAACGGAGGCUGAGAAAGGAGGAUGAGGAAGAAGACUUUUUAGAUGACAGUACUGUGAACCCUACCAAAUGUUGUUGUCCCUUUGCCCUGAAGAUGGCAGCAUGUCAGCUUCUUCUGGAGAUCACCACAUUCCUUCGAGAGACCUUUCCCUAUAUGCCCAGGCCACGUACAGAACCUCUUGUGGAUCUGGAGAGCUGCAGGUUGCGUUUGGAUCCUGAGAUGGACCGGCACAGGUAUGAGAGGAAGAUCAGCUUUGCUGGGGUUCUGGAUGAAAAUGAAGAUUCAAAAGAUUCCUUGCACAGCAGCAGUCAUACCCUGAAAUCUGACACAGGUUGCGAAGAGAAGAAAGUUCCCAGCAGGAAGAUCAGGAUAGGAGGCUCCCGCUUGCUCCAGAUUAAAGGAACCCGCAGUUUCCGGGUGAAGAAAGGGGGUUCCCUGUCCAGCAUUCGCCGGGCCGGCAGCCUAAAGAGCACCAAGUUAUCACGUCAGGACUCAGAGUCUGAGAAUGAGGAGCUGCAGCUGUCCCACAGCAGGGACACUGUCACUGACAUAGAAGGGAGCCCUUGGAGUGCAAGUGAACCCAGUAUAGAACCUGAAGUGUUAAGCAGCACUGGCACAGAAGAGAACUAUCAUCGGAAUAUGUCUUGGCUGCACGUGAUGAUCCUGCUAUGCAACCAGCAGAGUUUCAUUUGUACCCACAUUGAUUACUGCCACCCUCACUGUUACCUCCACCAUAGCCGUUCUUGUGCACGCCUUGUCCGGGCCAUCAAACUCCUGUAUGGUGACACUGUGGAUUCACUCAAAGAAAAUAACUUACUAAACAAUGUGGCUAGGGGCAAAAAACAGAAAGAGUGUUCAGACAAGUCAUGCCUGAGAACUCCCUCCUUGAAGAAAAGGGUGACCGAUUCUAACCUUGAAGGAAAGAAGGACUCUGGAAUGUUGAAAUACAUCAGACAUCAGGUGAUGAGUUUGUCUCCAGCACCUUUAUCGCUGUUAAUCAAGGCAGCUCCCAUCCUCACAGAAGAGAUGUAUGGGGACAUCCAACCUGCAGCAUGGGAGUUGCUGCUCAGUAUGGAUGAGCACAUGGCUGGUGCAGCAGCUGCCAUGUUCCUUCUAUGUGCUGUGAAAGUGCCAGAGGCAGUAUCGGAUAUGCUGAUGUCUGAAUUUCAUCACCCUGAGGCAGUGCAAAGGUUGAAUGCCAUUCUCAAGUUCCACACCCUCUGGAGAUUUAGGUAUCAAGUCUGGCCUCGGAUGGAGGAAGGAGCUCAGCAAAUCUUUAAGAUUCCUCCACCUAGCAUUAACUUCACCCUGCCAUCCCCAGUCCUGGGAAUGCCAUCUGUCCCCAUGUUUGACCCUCCAUGGGUUCCACAGUGCAGUGGGAGCGUACAGGACCCAAUUAAUGAAGAUCAAUCUAAGUCAUUUUCAGCCCGAGCUGUGUCCCGUUCUCAUCAGCGGGCAGAACAUAUUCUGAAGAAUCUGCAGCAGGAAGAAGAGAAAAAACGUCUGGGCCGAGAAGCUAGUCUGAUCACUGCUAUCCCCAUCACCCAGGAAGCUUGUUAUGAACCCACCUGUUCCCCAAACUCAGAACAGGAAGAGGAAGUAGAAGAAGUUGUCAACCUGGCAUCCCGCCGUCUCUCUGUGAGCCCAUCAUGUACCUCUAGCACAUCUCAUAGGAACUACUCCUUUCGUCGUGGCUCAGUUUGGUCAGUGCGUUCAGCAGUCAGUGCUGAAGAUGAGGAACACACGACAGAGCACACACCAAAUCAUCAUGUGCCCCAGCCCCCACAGGCAGUCUUCCCGGCGUGUAUCUGUGCAGCCGUGCUCCCUAUUGUUCACUUAAUGGAAGAUGGAGAAGUCCGGGAGGAUGGAGUAGCAGUGAGUGCUGUGGCUCAGCAAGUCCUAUGGAACUGUCUCAUUGAAGAUCCUUCUACAGUUCUUCGACAUUUUCUGGAGAAACUUACUAUCAGCAAUCGACAGGAUGAGUUGAUGUAUAUGCUGAGGAAACUUCUGCUCAACAUUGGAGACUUUCCUGCUCAGACAUCCCAUAUUCUCUUUAAUUACUUGGUGGGACUGAUCAUGUACUUUGUGCGCACACCAUGUGAAUGGGGCAUGGAUGCCAUUUCAGCAACGCUGACCUUCCUGUGGGAAGUAGUGGGCUAUGUAGAAGGACUAUUCUUCAAGGAUCUCAAACAAACUAUGAAGAAGGAACAAUGUGAAGUGAAGCUGCUGGUUACUGCCUCAAUGCCUGGCACCAAGACCCUUGUAGUUCAUGGGCAAAAUGAAUGUGAUAUCCCAACUCAGUUACCAGUCCACGAAGACACCCAGUUUGAAGCUCUUUUAAAGGAGUGUCUGGAAUUUUUUAACAUACCUGAAUCCCAAUCUUCCAACUGUUUCUUAAUGGAUAAACGAUGGAAUCUUAUUCAUUAUAAUAAGACCUAUGUUCGCGAUAUUUAUCCAUUUCGAAGAUCAGUAUCUCCCCAGCUGAACCUGGUACACAUGAACCCGGAAAAGGGCCAAGAACUCAUUCAGAAACAGGUGUUCACGCGCAAGCUAGAAGAAGUGGGUCGGGUGCUGUUCCUCAUUUCUCUGACACAGAAGAUCCCUGUUGCUCACAAGCAGUCUCAUGUGUCUUUGCUGCAAGAAGACCUUCUCCGCUUGCCCUCUUUCCCUCGCAGCGCUAUUGAUGCAGAGUUCUCACUCUUCAGUGAUCCACAAGCUGGAAAGGAGCUCUUUGGCCUUGACACUCUUCAGAAAAGCCUGUGGAUUAAACUGCUAGAGGAGAUGUUUCUUGGGAUGCCAAGUGAAUUUCCUUGGGGGGAUGAAAUCAUGUUGUUCCUCAAUGUAUUUAAUGGAGCCCUGAUCCUACACCCUGAGGACAGUGCCCUGUUGAGGCAAUAUGCUGCUACUGUAAUCAACACGGCUGUACAUUUCAACCACCUCUUCUCUCUCAGUGGAUACCAGUGGAUACUCCCCACUAUGCUCCAGGUGUAUGCUGACUAUGAAAGCAAUCCACAGCUUCGUCAAGCAAUUGAGUUUGCCUGCCGCCAAUUUUACAUUCUGCAUCGUAAACCUUUUGUACUGCAAUUGUUCGCCAGUGUGGCUCCCCUCUUAGAGUUUCCUGAUGCAACAAGCAGUGGACCGACCAAGGGGGUAUCGUCUCAGUGCCUUUUUGACCUGCUACAGUCUUUAGAAGGAGACACUCCUGAUAAUCUGGACAUUCUAGAAUUGGUGAAAGCAGAAAAGCCUCUGAAAUCAUUAGAUUUCUGCUAUGGCAAUGAAGACCUGACUUUUUCAAUCAGCGAGGCCAUCAAGUUGUGUGUAACAGUUGUGGCAUAUGCUCCAGAGUCAUUCAGAAGUCUUCAGAUGCUGAUGGUCCUUGAAGCCCUGGUUCCCUGUUACCUGCAGAAGCUUAAGAGGCAAACUUCCCAAGUGGAGACUGUCACAGCAGCUCGAGAGGAGAUUGCUGCUACAGCUGCUCUUGCUACAUCCUUGCAAGCCCUCUUGUACAGUGUGGAAGUACUUACCCGGCCAAUGACAGCCCCUCAAAUGAGUCGCUGUGAUCAAGGACAUAAAGGAACCACUGCCGCUAACCAUACUAUGUCAUCUGGAACAAAUACUAGAUAUCCGGAGCAAGGAGCCAAACUGCAUUUUAUCAGGGAAAACCUUCAUUUGCUGGAGGAAGGCCAAGGCCUUCAGCGGGAGGAGCUGGAUGAACGCAUUGCUAGGGAGGAGUUCAGGAGACCUCGUGAAUCCCUGUUGAAUAUCUGUACUGAGUUCUAUAAACACUGUGGCCCCAGACUGAAGAUACUGCAGAACCUAGCUGGAGAGCCCAGGGUGACUUCCUUAGAGCUGCUUGAUGUUAAGUCUCAUAUGAGGUUGGCAGAAAUUGCACAUUCCCUUCUGAAGUUGGCACCUUACGACACCCAGACGAUGGAGAGCCGUGGGCUCCGGCGAUACAUCAUGGAGAUGCUGCCCAUCACUGACUGGACGGCUGAGGCAGUGAGGCCUGCCCUAAUCCUCAUCUUAAAGAGAUUGGAUCGUAUGUUCAAUAAAAUUCACAAGAUGCCUACUUUGAGGCGACAGGUUGAGUGGGAGCCUGCAAGCAGUUUGAUUGAAGGGGUUUGUUUGACACUUCAGAGGCAGCCAAUCAUAUCCUUCCUGCCUCACCUUAGGUCACUGAUCAAUGUCUGUGUCAAUCUGGUGAUGGGAGUAGUAGGACCUUCCAGUGUGGCCGAUGGAUUACCCCUUCUUCAUCUCAGCCCUUAUCUCUCGCCACCUCUACCCUUCAGCACAGCUGUUGUCCGGCUUGUAGCAUUGCAGAUUCAGGCUUUGAAAGAAGAUUUCCCCUUAAGCCACGUGAUCUCCCCAUUCACCAAUCAGGAGAGGAGGGAAGGAAUGCUUUUAAAUCUACUGAUUCCAUUUGUGCUCACAGUAGGAUCAGGAAGCAAAGACAGCCCUUGGCUGGAGCAGCCUGAAGUCCUACUGCUGCUCCAAACAGUCAUUAAUAUUUUGCUGCCACCUCGCAUCAUCAGCACUUCCCGCAGUAAGAACUUUAUGUUGGAGAGCUCCCCUGCCCACUGCUCCACCCCUGGGGAUGCAGGGAAGGACUUGCGUAAGGAAGGGCUAGCUGAAUCCACUAGCCAGGCAGCCUACCUGGCUUUGAAGGUGAUCCUUGUCUGUUUUGAGCGUCAGCUUGGCACCCAGUGGUAUUGGCUGAGCCUGCAGGUCAAAGAGAUGGCUUUGCGUAAAGUAGGAGGGCUUGCCUUGUGGGAUUUCGUAGAUUUUAUUGUUCGCACCCGAAUUCCUAUCUUUGUGCUUCUUCGACCCUUCAUUCAGUGCAAGUUGCUAGCUCAACCAGCUGAGAAUCACGAGGAACUGAAUGCCCGACAGCACAUUGCUGAUCAGCUGGAGCGGCGUUUCAUCCCACGCCCUCUCUGUAAGAGCUCUCUCAUUGCAGAAUUCAACAAUGAGCUAAAGAUCCUCAAGGAGGCUGUGCACAGCGGAGCAGCCUACCAAGGGAAGACUUCUAUCAGCACUGUGGGCACCUCCACCUCUGCAUACCGACUGAGUCUCGCCACUAUGUCUCGCUCCAACACUGGUACUGGAACUGUUUGGGAACAGGAUAGUGAGCCUUCCCAACAGGCUUCCCAGGAUACUUUAAGCCGGACAGAUGAAGAAGAUGAAGAGAAUGAUUCCGUGAGCAUGCCCAGUGUGGUAAGUGAACAAGAAGCCUACCUUAUGGGUGCCAUUGGGAGGAGGCGAUUCUCCAGCCAUCUCUCCAGCAUGUCUGCACCUCAGGCUGAGGUGGGCAUGUUACCCAGCCAAAGUGAACCUAAUGUCCUCGAUGACUCCCAAGGCCUGGCCGCUGAGGGCAGCCUCUCUAGGGUAGCCAGUGUGCAGAGCGAACCUGGACAUCACAAUCUCCUUCUACAGCAACCGUUAGGGAGAAAAAGAGGUUUGAGGCAGCUAAGAAGGCCUCUUCUGUCACGUCAGAAAACCCAAACUGAACCUCGCAGCCGUCAUGGCGCACGACUUUCUACCACUCGAAGAAGCAUACAGCCAAAAUCAAAACCAACUGUGGAUCAAAAGCGAUCUGUAACCUUUACUGAAGCUCAGUCAGAGGCAUCAACCUCAAAGGCUGAACUAGCACCAUUAGCAGCCCAGCAACAAAGCAGCAAAAGGAGCAGCCCUUCAGAAGGUGGCAAGCCUGCUCUGACUUCCUCACCUGCUGUUAUUGUGGCAGAUCUCCACAGUCAAGUUUCCUCUAGUCAGAAUGAGAUGCUUUCCACGGAGGAUAAAAAAAAGGAGAAUGCAGAGCAAAAGCCAGCACAAGCACCUCCACCUCCACAACUUUCUGACACUGAGGAUUUUACAGGCCUGGAGACCACCAGCUUAUUGCAACAUGAAGACACUGUCCUUCACAUCAGUGAGGACAAUGGGACAGAGAAUCCUCUUCUUUCCAGCCAGUUCAGCUACACGCAGGUUGAGGUGGGACAUACUGAUGUUGACCUAGAUGAGUCUCAUGUUUGACUUGGAAAGGAGACUGCAGUACAUUAGAGGAAGAAGAAAUGUUCCUCUGUAAGUACUUAAAAGAGCACUUUAUAAACAUGUGGAACACAUCUAACAUCCUAUUUGGUAAAGGUGAGCCAACAUAUUUUAGAAAAUAAGUCACACCUUUGGACAGAUCUAGUUGGACUCAGGGCACACCAUAAAAUAGAGGAAUGAAUUAAAAUUGGGAUCUUCCUAGGCACAGAACUAAUUCACAACAUCGUUUGCACUUUUCAGCUUCUCCAAGUUAUAUUAACAAAUUCCAGGCAGAAAUAAUAUUUUUAGAGGUUGGCUACCUUAAUAUAGUAAUCUAAAGUUUAUUUUUGUAAUCUCAGAAGCAAGAUACAUGGUAUAUUCAUCAGAAAAAUAAAAAAAUAGAACUGCAGAAUGCUUUAUAACUGUAUUAUUAAUUGCCAAUUAGCAUCAGAAUGUCAAGUACCAGACAAGUUUGGAGGAAUGUUUUGGAUAAUUUUUAUCCCUUGUUUGCAGUUACACAAUCUGAGUUAUUUUCAUUCUCUUGAAAACUAAAUGUAGGCUAUUCUGAAUGAAAGAAUGGUAAUGCUUUCUGUGGAACGCUGAGUUGUUUUUACAGAUGUGUCGAUAUGAAACGCUGUGGUGAGAAAUUAUACUAAACAUUCCACUUUGAAAUGUAAACAACCUGAAUAUAAAAACAACAGAAAAGAAGCAUGUGUAUCUUCCUGCCAUAUUUACAUUUCUGCCAUUACUAUAAUCCACCCACAAUAAAGCAGAAGUUGAUUUGUAGGUGACAAGUAUUUUUGCACACUGGGAGUGUGUGAUAUGAAAAAAUUCAUUUCCAUAUACACUUAAGUGAAUCUUCAGGCAUGUGAUUCUCAGUGUGAAAAUGUAUUGAAUUAUACCUCUCUUUAAAGUACAUAGUUUAUUCAUGGAUGAUUUGCAAUCUAGACUAAAUGAAAUAUGAAUGUAAGCAUUAAUUUUCACGUAGCGAAUAACCUUUUUCUGAUGUCAUUAUGUUGAUGUAAAUUAAUUUAGUUUACAUUUAAAGGUUUCUAAAAUGGAUUUAUUAUGCCAGCCACAUGUAUGGUUACCAAAAUACCGCUUCAGCUAAACUUCAAUUAUGUAUGUUUCAUAAAUAGAUGGGAAUGGAACUAUGCAGGAAAAAGGUAUUGCAUCACUCCAGUCACUUUAAACCAAUCAAGCGUCUGUACCAAGCUUAUUUUUUUCACAGAAAAUUUGUGUGUCACUUUUUACAGGUUAUUAAUGAAGGCGAUAAUUUGGUUUAUUCAUACAGUGGCUUCCUCAAUGGUUUCAAUGAGAUUUCAAUGGGAAAGUUCAGAAAGCAUCAAUCCGAUUCCUAGCUCAUAUCUCUUCUAAUCAGGGAACAAUUUUUGAAGGAUGUAUUUUAUUCUACAUUUGUUAAAACUAUAAUGUAAAACAAAAGAUUAAAUACAUGGAUCUUUUAGCAGACUGAAGCUGCAAUCUUAACCCCUUACCUGGGGUUAUCUUGAAUUCAAUAGAACUUACUUCUGAGUAGGUUAGAACUGCACUGUGAAAUAGGUUCCACUACUUUUUUCUUGUUGCAGAAUCAAAGCAGCAGUACACUCUGCCCUGCAGAAGAAGUAUGCUGAUUUGCAUCCAUUAUGUCUGACAUUGAAUUAUGUCUGCCCAAUUACACAAUGGACUUCUGCUUGUGCAUUGGGACUUCCCCUUCCUCUCCUUCUCCCUGUAGCCCCCACCCAUGCCCCCCCAAAUCUGCUCCUAGAAAGGGAGGAAGAAGGGACAUAGCUCAGUGGUAGAGCAUUUGCCUUGCAUGCAGAAGGUCCCCGGUUCAAUCUCUGGCCCUCCACAUAUACCCUGUCUACAAAACCCUGGAGAGCCACUGUCAGUCAGUGUAAACAAUACUGAGCUAGACGGGCCACUAUGUCUAACUCAGUCUAAGGCAGCUUCCGAUGUUCCCUAAGAGAAGGGAAAAGUCCACUCACAUGUUACAUUUCACCGCAUGUGGGGGAAACAUCUUCUGAACUACAAAUGAAAUAUUUCAUUAAAAAUAUUAAUUAAAAUGGCACAAAUUAUUUCUCUGGUCUCGGAUUUCUUUAUGGUUAGAGAUUCAGUUAAAUUUAUUAGUGCACUGACAAUGAAAUGACAAUGCAACUAAUAAGCAUAUACCUGUACUUUACAGAGAUUUUUACAGAAAUGUUUUCAAUAAUCACAUUCUGAUUUAGAUAAAGGGAGAAUUUAUCUGUAUGUGCGAUAUAUUUCACAUGAUCAUACUUGUAAGAACAGAAAAUACUGUGAUUCGCUAUAUCAAAGCCAGUUCUUAUGAAAUGUAUCUUUAUCAUUACCAGUUGUAAGGUAUUGAAUCCAUUUUAGCAAGCCAUAAUAAGAAGUCAUCAAUAUCCCUAUUGCGGUGUUCUUGUUUUCUUGUUAUUUUAGAAAGUCGCAAUUUUAAAAUGACAUUAGUGACUUAAAGAUAACAUCAAUCUUGCAGCCAAAGGAAGGCUGCUGCUUAAGCAAUUUACUGAGAUAUUGAGCACGUCUGUUUUUCUGGUGAAUUAUUAUUUCAUAUUGGCUGCACAGUACUAACUAAAGGUGCAUACAAAUAUACUCUUAACAGAAUUUGUGCUUUCUUCCAGUAUAAGUGACAAGUAUAUUUCUGCUGUGAAGAAAAAUUAUGCUGCUUAUUUAGUGUUAGAGGCCUUAUAUGUAUGUAGUGUUAAACAAAUGUCUGUUUAAAAAAAGCCUGUCAGUACUCAGUAAAGUUUUGUUUCAGACUUUUACAUUAACGCUGUUGUUAUUAUUACAAAUCAGACUCCCUUUCUAAAAGACUGUGAUGCCAAAUUAUGAGAUUACAGCCAUGAAGUUUACUGUAAAUUCCCUCUUCAGCAUGUGCCUCCUGAUAGCUUUUCAAGCAGUACCCAGUCCAGUUUUAUAGAAAGAGAGCAUUACUGUAUUGGAAAUCUUCAGUAUGAUCAUCAUGAAAGCAUUUUUGUCUUUCCUACAUGUGAUAGUAGCUGUGCUGAAUGUCCAAGUAUUUGUAUGUGUGUUUGUACGUACAUCUUUACGUAUAGGAAUGUCAAGGGAUGUGUUUUUUAAGAAUGCUGCUGCAAGAUUUUUGAAGAAAAGUUGUUGAGACUUGAAUCGAUUUGAAAUUCUCUAGAAUUUUGCAAAUAUAUAUUUUUAGCAAAGAAAAAAUUGGCAUUAAAAAUAAAAACUCAACUAGUACUAUGAGCAAGUAGACUGCUUCCCUCCAAAUUUCCAAAACAGGGCAUUCCCUGUAAAGAUUUGUUCAAAUUGUUAAGCUUUAAUACAAUGAAUUUUGACACUUUGAUUGCCAAAGAGAUAUGUAAAAGUAUAUAUCAAGGGAAAACAAAGUCCAUUCUCUUCAACUGUUAAUAACACCAGAUUAUACCAUUAGUAAAUUAUCUCAGCCUCAGGGCAGUCAGGAGAAUGUACCUUCUUAUUGAGAAAUGCUAUGUAUAGGAAGUGAAGGAAGGGCUAUUUUGCCAUGUUAAAUAUUAAGAGAGCAUAUUUGAAAUUGAGAGACUUUUAUGAAAAUACUUGUUUAUAUAAACCAUGAUGUCAAACAUAUCAAAUUAUGUUUAUACCCAUUAAGAUUAAUUUUAAUGUUAACUAGAAAAGUGAACCUCGCUGAGUAGAUGAGCAUUUAAAACAUAGCUGAAAUGUUCUAGAUCUGCAAAGUGUGCAAUAUGACCAAAGAUGAAGGAUAAAAUAACUAUAGAAAUGUCUGAAUUAUGCUUAUGAAAGAUUAC